AAAAAUGGCAUAAGAGUCCUUUGGAUUUGGAAUCGCUUCUACUUCACUCUCACCUUCCUCCUAUUCUCUCUCUCUUUCUAUGUCAAGUUAGCUUAGCCGUCUCACCAGAAAGCUAACCUUACCUCACAAACAUUGAUUGUGUUACACUAAUCUCUUAAAUAGAGAGCCGUAAUUUCUACACACUCUGAUCGCUAGAUGGAAACGGAGAUAUCAGGAAUGGAUAAUCCAGCUAUGACCUUGGACGAGGUUUCCAUGGAACGCAACAAGAGCUUCGUUAAGGCAUUGCAGGAGCUCAAGAACUUGAGGCCUCAACUUUAUUCAGCUGCUGAUUACUGUGAAAAGUCUUAUCUUCAUAGCGAGCAAAAGCAAAUGGUAUUGGACAAUUUGAAAGACUACACUGUGAAGGCUCUAGUUAAUGCUGUUGAUCACCUUGGAACUGUAGCUUCCAAGCUUACUGAUCUUUUUGAUCACCAAAAUUCAGACAUAUCAACUAUGGAAAUGAGAGCUUCUUGUGUUAGCCAGCAACUGCUUACAUGCCGGACAUAUAUCGACAAAGAAGGUCUUAGACAGCAACAGCUAUUAGCAGUUAUCCCAUUGCAUCACAAGCAUUACAUUCUUCCCAAUUCUGUUAACAAGCGGGUACACUUUAGUCCUCUCAGACGAACUGACACAAGACAGAAUCAUUACCAAGCUAUAUCCCGUCUUCAACCUUCAGGUGCAAUGUCCUCAUCUUUGAGCUUAUUAGUUAAUAAUACAAGCAGUCAAAUAUCAAACAGUUUAAGUAAUAUGCUUGGUUUGACUCACUUAGAUGCCCCUGCAUCGAAAUCACUCUCCUGGCAUUUAGGCUCAGAGACCAAGUCUACCCUCAAAGGAACAUCCACAGUUGCACCAAGCUCCAAAGAUUCAAAAGCUUUCUCAAAGACAUCUGGAGUGUUCCAUCUCUUAGGUGAUGAUGAAAACAUAGCAAACAAGAAGCCUUUGGCUGGUUCUCAGGUCUCAGGUGUUCCUGCUGCAUCCACUGCCCAUAAGGAUUUGGAGGUUCCGAAACUUCUAACUGCACACAGGUCACUUGAUAACAACCCGCGACGAGAGAUCAUUCAAGCUCCUGUCCGGACAAAGAGUGUUCUUUCUGCGUUCUUUGUUAAACAGAAAACUCCAAAGCUCAAAGCUGGCUAUGUCUCGUGAAAACACCAACUCUUUGUACUGAGAAGGAAAUUUCAAUCUCAUACCACGUUUCUUUUACCUUAUAUAAUAACAUGUUGAUUUUCAUGUAAUUAUCUUAAUCACCACAUCAACGUACGAAGUCCAGUAAGACAUGAUUUUGGUCUAUCAUUAACAAAACUGUGUAAUAGAUUAAGAAUGUGUUUUUAGAAUGUAAAAGCUUAAUAAAGAUUUCUGUUGAG